UGAAGCUCCCCCCAGGUCUCCGCGGGCGCUCGCUCCCGCGUUCCGCAUCCGUCGCUGGAUCCGGUCCGACGCCCGGCUGGGCCAUGAGCCAGUGUGCGGAGGCGGCGGCGGUGGCGGCCACCGUGCCGGGCGCGGGCAUGGGGAAAUCCGGGCUGCGGCCACCCAUGGUGCCCCGCCAGGCGUCCUUCUUCCCGCCGCCUGUCCCCAACCCCUUCGUGCAGCAGACGCGGAUGGGCGCUGCGAGGCGUCUCCAGAUUUUAUUUCUUGGAAUUAUCCUGCUUCCAAUCCGUGCCUUGUUGGUCGCAUUAAUUAUAUUACUGGCAUGGCCAUUUGCUGCCAUUUCAACAGCAUGCUGUCCCGAAAAGCUGACCCAUCCAAUAACUGGUUGGAGGAGGGAAAUCACUCAACCAGUUUUGAAGUUUCUGGGUCAUGCCCUGUUCUUUUCAAUGGGAUUCAUAGUUACUAUGAAGGGAAAGGUGGCGCGCCCCAUGGAGGCCCCAGUUUUUGUUGCUGCCCCCCAUUCAACAUUCUUUGAUGGAAUUGCCUGUGUUGCAGCCGGGUUGCCUUCAAUAGUAUCUCGAAACGAGAACGUACAGGUCCCUCUGAUUGGCAGACUAUUACGAGCUUUGCAGCCAGUGCUGGUAUCCCGGGUAGAUCCGGACUCUCGAAAAAACACAAUAAAUGAAAUAGUAAGGCGAGCAACAUCAGGAGGGCAGUGGCCACAGAUACUAGUUUUCCCAGAAGGUACUUGUACUAAUCGUUCCUGUUUGAUUACUUUUAAACCAGGAGCCUUCAUUCCUGGAGUUCCGGUGCAGCCAAUCCUCCUCAGAUACCCAAACAAGCUGGAUACCGUGACUUGGACGUGGCAAGGAUAUACAUUCAUUCAGCUUUGUAUGCUUACUUUCUGCCAGCCCUUCACGAAGGUGGAAGUUGAGUUUAUGCCUGUUCAGAAACCAAAUGAUGAAGAAAAAAGCGACCCUGUCCUUUUUGCUGGUAGAGUCCGGAAUUUGAUGGCAGAAGCUUUGGGAAUCCCCAUAACAGAUCAUACCUAUGAAGACUGCAGAUUAAUGAUUUCAGCAGGACAGCUAACAUUGCCUAUGGAAGCUGGGUUGGUGGAAUUUACCAAAAUUAGCCGGAAAUUGAAGUUAGACUGGGAUGGUAUUCGUAAGCAGUUGGAUGAAUAUGCAAUAAUUGCAAGCUCUUCAAAAGGAGGGAGAAUCGGAAUUGAAGAAUUUGCGGAGUAUUUGAAGCUGCCUGUUUCAGAUGUCCUGAGACAACUCUUCGCACUCUUUGACAGGACUCUCAGCGGAUCUAGUGACAAGUAA